AUGGCGGAAGGAGAUUCACCUCCGGUUCAGUCCCAAAUUUUCAAGGCAAUUGCCUGUGCAGAUAUCUCCAGUCUCAAACAAAGUCUGGCAACAAAGGAAGUGGACCUUGAAGCUCGAAACCCUGUUGGUCGAACUGCCCUGCAUCUGGCUAUUACUGCAGCAUCAGCAGAUAUUUGCCAGUGUUUGAUCGAUAAUGGCGCGCGAUUGGAUGCAUGGACUAAACAAGGCGAAGCGGCAGUACAUCUAGCUGCUAAGAGAGGACAAGUGGAUGUUUUGCACGCGAUAAUGCCGCCUCUUGUGGCAGAGAAAUCAGCUACCCAGGACAAUAUCGCCGCUGGUGGGAAAAAGGAUGAUCGCACUGUACAUGUGAACUGCCUCACGCAAAAGUACCAAAUGUCACCACUUUAUAUUGCUGUUGCUCUUGCACGCAUGGAAGUUGUGGAAGCUCUACUGACUACCUACCAUGCCGAUAUCAACAUCAUUGCUGGUAAACAAGACGACCAACGAGGGACACGAGCGGCUGAUGUUCUUGAAGCAGCUCUUCAGCAUCCUCGUGAUACCUGUCGUUCUCUCUUAAAGAUGCUACUUCCGCGUGGUGCCAGCUUGCUUAACCCAUCAACGGGUGCUGUAUCACCGUCGUUGCUUGUUUUAAUAUUGCGGAGAGGUGAGGAUGUACUGGAUAUUUUUGCGGAACUUGACUCAGAAGCUUUUGCCCAUGCGAUCAAGAAGUUUGUUUGGGGGGAGUCGAUGAAAUACUACAACGCUCUAACUAGUGCAAUCGAGCUUGGCCUUGAGGAUACGGCACUAAAGCUCCUCUCAUAUGGAGCACCUCCGAAAUUAGAUUUCGAUUCUUCCCUGGAUACUACAGGAAACCGUCCAUCUCACAUAUUUGGAAAAACUGCUUUAGAGGCCGCUGAAGGCGAUUUUUGGCAGCCAAUUUUGAGCGCAGCUCACUAUGAAAUGCCACGGUUGGUGAUAGAGCUGCUAGAUCGCGGAGUAGACCCCAAUUCCCGUCUCACUGAUCACCAGGCUCGUAGCCUAAUUGACUAUCGCGAUUGCCGCAGUGUCUUGGACCUAGUGAGAGCCAAACUCGCAGAGCUGCGUGGCUGGCAUAAGGAGGAUGAAACCGUCUCUCACGAUCUCGUAGGGACGCCAGAGGGGUCUAAGCAACGCGAUGGGAAAGAAAAUGCAAUCACCCAGUUGAUCAAGUUAUAUGAAGAAGCAGAAGCAAAAUUGGUCUCACUAGCAGCCGAGGUAACUGACGGGCUGAACUUCCUAGACCAAUCAGGUGCUGCGCCUCGUCGAUCUCAUAAAAGAGUUCAAUUGCAUGCCCCUAAUUCUGAGACACAAGCUGAGAUCGCACUACCUUCACACAUAUCUUCUAAAGAAGUCGACUUCAAGACGCUGAAAACGGCGGAGGAUGGCCAGAUGGCACUGCUGGCAGCUUGCAGAAACAAUGAUGCUGCGCUGGUAAAAGCACUUACAUUGGGAAGAUGGGGAGUCGACUUAAAGUUUCCCCCGAUUUCGAUAUCGGAGGUGUCUGGCUCCUCGAAAGGACCUUAUUACACUGCUAUGGAAUCGAAAAAUUAUGAUCUUGCUCGCAUUAUUGUUCGAAUUGCGACAGUUCAGCACAUUGACUUUAUAGAUAAUGAAACGAACGAUCUAUCCAGUGCUUUAGCCGACGAUGUACACUCCGUUGAAGACAUCAAGGCUGUUUCAGCUCAAGUCAAGUCAACUACAUUAGCAAAAACAAUUAUUCGCGACAGUGGAGCUACUUCUAUUGCAGGAAAGCUCAAAGACGAGGAGAUGCUCCAGUUUUCGCUAGAGACGUAUUACUCGUUUGGGUUUGAGCAGAACGAUGUGAAACAAAAUGCCAAUUCCGUCUAUCAUUCAAUAGAAUGGGGAAAUUGGCCUGAGGGCCUCCAAGAGUACAUUAACGUAACGGGUGCUCCAUUUCAGCAUGCCGCGGUUCAAGGUAAGCUAAAAGGGAAAAAGCAACUCGACAAGACUCACCAUUUAUCGCCUCUUCUUCGAGCUGCCUGGUCUGGUAACCUAGAUAUGGUGCGAUUUCUUCUUGAUAAAUCCAAAAUAAUAGCAGCGUAUAAGCAUUUUGCAUCACGCACCGACUUUUCAACCAAUAAAUUGGGUCCCGAACAAGCUCGAGCGGAGUUCCUUAGUGCCGCAGAGGAAUGGGUAGGCAAACAAGAGAAUCUAGUUCUGCAUUGCGCCAUCUUGUCUGGAAAAAAGGAUCUCGUCAAACUUGUACUGUCAGCUCGUCCGGAAUUUCUGGAAGUUAAAUCUAUAGACGGGUGGACGCCCUUGUUGACAGCAGCAAUGUGUCAACAGGUUGAGAGUAUACAAGCACUUCUUGAAGCAGGGGCUGACCCCUUCACCACGGAUCCAUUUGGCCGUAACAUGCUCCACCUGUUUCUCGUUUCCCCUACCCAGAGUCAUGUUUAUGAACUUGGAAAACUUUCUUCUUUCUUCCGCAUAGUGGACAGGCCAGCGCUUCACAAGCUUCUAGAAGAGCGCUGUGCUGAAAGUCCUGGUGGUUUGACGCCUCUUGCGCGUUGGAUAUCUGCUACUGUCAAAUUCGCUCCAGUCGCAUUAUCCAUUGCUCUGUUAGAGUUUUCCACAAUAAAGGCAAUGGAGAUGUGGGACGGCAGAGGCUCUACACCCCUCCACACUUUCGCAAUGUUGUCGCUGGAAAGUCUCAUUCUCCCGUUUAUCGAGAAAGCGCCUCAUGUUCUGUUCUAUGAGGAUUUAGAGGGGAAAACCCCUUACGAUAUCAUCACCGAAAAACAGCUCUAUGGAUAUUUGGAAUGUCUCAUGCCAAGCUAUACGCAAACCGGGCGCUAUCCACUGGGCCGACUAGUCCACUGGCCGCUAUUUGCAUUUGGUACGGAUUACAAAGGUCCCUUGCAGCAAAAACAGCCUUACAGAGUUUGGGAACUUUGCGAAGACUUCCUUAAAUCGAUGAAGCCUGGGCUGUAUCCUAGGAAACUACUCACCGACACUGAUCGAAUCGAAAUCUCACAGCUAUCUAAAGACAAGAAAAUACAGAAGAAACCGAAAGGAGAUCAGCACGAUGUGGUAUCCUUAGCUAUAUAUAAGCCUGGAUACUUAUGUUGGUAACAAGAUUCCGCUUAAGUAUCCGG